AUGCUGCUUGAUUCACCACAGAGUUGGAAGUUAUAUUCGCUUGAGUUGGUAGAAAGAAAAGAGCUCACUGACGCUGUUAUCCUCCGUGCAAUUGCAACACCUGAAAACACUGAUUGUGUCUUUGAUUAUCCAGAGGAUGCUGAAUACAACUUGUCCGAAUGUGUCGGAUUCAAUGCUGCUAGCAAAAAAUUGGAAUGGGGUGGUUCUGAGUUUCAGCUCGCCGCUGGAGUCAAGGAAGUCACCAUUGAUGAGCUAUGUCACGAGAGGCACUUGUUUGUUACGUUCGAGGAGGGUGCUACUUUCGAGAAGGAAACAACUCUUGCUUUGAAUUUGGACGACCACCUGGGCCCCGUCGAAUAUUAUCAUGAACAGGAUGGAGAGUUUAGAAAUAAGCUAGGAAAAACACCUGAAAAGUCAAAGCGUUCAAUCAUACUAUGUUUCGAUGGGACAUCAAAUCAUUUUAGUAAUCAGAAUACGAACGUUGUCAAAUUAGUGGAACUCUUGAAGAAGGACAAUCCGGAGCAACAAAUGGUCUACUAUCAGGCAGGAGUUGGCACGUAUUCAGCGCCAGGGUUCUUGACUGGAGUCGGCCAAAAAGUUGCUGCCAGAGCUGACGAGGGUAUUGCGUGGUACUUAUAUCAGCAUGUAAUAGACGGAUACCGGUACCUGAUGGAAACUUACAGAGCUGGAGACCAGAUCAGCAUUUUUGGAUUUUCUCGAGGGGCAUACACAGCACGCGCCCUUGCUGGGAUGCUUCACUCAGUCGGGCUUCUCCCGAGACAUAACCUAGAGCAAGUCCCAUUUGCCUACCAAGUUUACUCAGAGUCGGAGGUAGAUAUUGAGUCGGGGGAUGCUAGUAAAAGUACUACUAAAGCGAAGGCUGAAUCAUCUGACGAGUACAGUGAUUCUCCCAAAGAUGUUGAUCCACGGGCUUUCAAGCGGACAUACUGUAUUCCGGUAACCAUAACAUUUUUGGGCGUGUGGGAUACUGUCGGAAGCGUUGGCGCUUUCACAAGGAAGACCUUACCUUAUAUCGAACAUAACCCGAGCGUAAAAUAUUUUAGACAAGCACUUGCAUUAGACGAAAAUCGGGGUAACUUCAUCCCCAGCUUGUGGGACCAUUCAGAAACUUUUAAACAAAAUUCAACGACUUCCAAACAAAGCGCAGUUGAAGUUUGGUUCAAGGGUGGCCACUGCGAUGUCGGAGGCGGUGCGGGACCCACCGAAAAGUUUAUUCCUCUCGAUGGCCCUCCACAGAAACCCAAAGCUCGGUUAAGCAACAUCUCGCUGCGUUGGAUGAUACGUCAAUGUCUCGAGCCAGGGGUACACAUCUUUUUCGACCCUAAAAUGAUGCGGCACUACCGCAAACAUCAAAUUCUUGAAAAAAGGCCACCAGGCGCCAGUAAAACUGAUAUUCAGAAGGAAAUCGACAGGCUCGAUGCACGUGAUAUUGCCCAAGCCCCAUCCCUAAUGUACGACUCUGGUGGCUGGAAGGGAUUUGGGUGGCGUAUGCUUGACAAGGUGCCCGUUCCAAAACUCUCUCAAAUCACCAAGGCAGGUGAACAGCCAGAAACUACCUGGAGACCAAACAAUGGCGCUCCCAGGAUUAUCCAUCUCGCGGAUCCCAGGAGCAAUAUUCGUUUACAUGCUUCCGUAUAUGCACACCUUGAGCACCCGGACGAAGCAAAGGAAAAAGAACCAUACAAACCCGCUGCGAUAUGGGAUAAUUGGAAAGUAGGUCACUGGCCAAUAUUGGAAGAAGGCGAGUGUAAAUCUGUCACUGUAUCCGGUCUGGACGAAACGCCGUUUAGAAGGGCAAUAAACAUGAGUUGGAAACCCAAACCAGAAGAAAAGAGCUGGUCAGAGACAAUCAGCGGAUGGUUCAAAUGGUCAUAG